GCACCGGAUAAAAAAAGGCCGCUACCUUUUCCCUUGCAGAUCGGUGAAGACUUCUCAAAUUUUUAUACUUCCAGAAGCAGAGGCAACGCAUCUCUCUCCCCAUCUCCAGCAAUCGACACCAUCUCUCUCCCCAUCUCCAACAAUCGACACCAUCUCUCCGCCAUCUCCAGUAACUGAUGCCCUCUCCCCCAAUCUCUUGUAAUCGACGCCAUCCCCCCAUGGCGGCCCCAUCUCAUGUAAUCAAUGCUAUCUUCCCCAACUUUGAUAAUCGACACCAUCUCCGCUGGAAUGAGGCAAUCUUGCAGUAUUGUACCUCGAUCCUCCCUUCGACUUUCAUCUUUGAUUUUUGGGGAUGGAUUGUGCAUGAAUUCAAAGCAAGUUCUUCGCUUUACUGUUCAUCUCGGAAAUAGCAGAGUCGACUUUACCUCGUUUCAAGCUCAAUUGAAGCCCAAUUUGUAGAGGAUUAUAAGAAAAUUGGGAUGCUCUUUCAAGGUCUAAAGUUGGAUUUCCAUUCCAAUUGAAGAAUCAUUUGAUUUGAGCUGAAAUUUGGAUUUGCCGUUACUGUCCACCGCAAGGGUUUGGUCUCCAGAUUUUACCAGGACCCGUGGGCUCCUGAUUUUGAUGAAGCUUAGCUCAUUGUGUCUUGCUUAUGGCUUGUUUGAGUAUGUUGAAGGAAAACAGGAGAUGUUUUCCUUGGUUUCCCCGGGCUCCUCCCUCAGUCCCGCUCAUGUCGCAUUCCUAAGGAGGCCAUUGUCAUUAUUGUUUGUGUUCCUUGAUUGGGAUUGUGAAAAAACAUGACAAUUGACUUGGAUGCUGAAUUUUGGGUUGGUUUGGGCUAAUGUAAAUAUGAAUAAUCCUCUUCAGGGGGAGCAUCUGAUCUUGGUUUGGGCUUUGUGAUUUUGUUGGUUAUUCUUGGGUUUAAUCCGUGGUGCCUGAUCACGUUGAUUCUCUGGGAAGUUUCUAUUUUCUUGUUUUGUGGAGCUAUUUGAGUGCUCUAAUCUUUGGAGCUGGACUUUUGUGAAUGAAAAAGAUGGGCAAGGCUUGUGGUGAUUGAUUCUUUGAGUAUUAGAAGGAAUCUUUGUACUGCUAUAGCUAAGGUUUAUGUCUUGGGGAGCUUGGUGACCUCUGCCUAAUGUUUAAACUUGAUUUAUGGUGGAGCUAAUGGUUUCUUGUUGCCCUAGACUCUCUUUACCUUUUCUUUGUUGCAUUGUCUUCAUGGGGUGGUUCAUGUGCAGCUUUUAUUGACAGUGGUUUAUGGUGUUUUGGCCGGACAUCUUUGAGGCAAUCAAAACCCACUGGUUUUUUGGGAGUUGUGCACUUGGAUUCUGUGUAGUACCCCAAAUUGGUUUCCCGUUGUUGCUGCCCUGUGCUUGAAAAUAGUCUGAUGGUAUAUGUUUCAAGAGAUAUACCUUCUAAGCCAGUGGUAAAAUGCACCAACUGUAUGUAUAAAAUUUGCAUAAUGAUGUUUUUCUUUCUAUCAUUUUAAUUGUUUUACACACUGGAAACUCGAUAUUGAGAGCUAACUUUGAAGUUGUUGUCUUUCUUUGGUUCAAGAUAUUAUUUAGGUCAUUAUGUUAUGGAAAUUCGAAAGAUGCUUUGGCUGGGAAGCGGCUUUGAUGGAGUCUACUGGAAUGAACUAAAAGAUCAAAUGGCAUCAAGGAUGUUCAACGCAGGAGUGACCGAGGGACAAUCAACCACGAGGCCACCUUUGUUCGAUGGAACAAACUACUCGUAUUGGAAAGAGAGGAUGAGAAUCUUUAUCCAAUCCAACGACUACAAGCUGUGGCUGAUUGUGAAGAACGGCUGCGGAGUCCCGAUGAAGAAAGUCGGUGAAGUCAACGUUCCCAAAACCAAAGAGGAGUUCACCGACGAAGACUGCAAAAAGAUGGAGCUCAACGCAAAGGCAAUAAACAUGAUUUAUUGCGGUGUUAACGCGGAUGACUACCGCAAAAUCUCGCGGUGUGAAACUGCAAAACAAAUGUGGGAAAAAUUGGAAGUCACCUACGAAGGAACCGCGCAGGUUCGGGAGGCCAAAAUCGACCAUCUUACUCACGAGUAUGAACUCUUCUCAAUGAAGGAAAACGAGAAGAUUGAGGAAAUAUUUGAGAGGUUCUCUAACAUCAUUAAUCCUCUCAAUCUUCUCGGGAAGACCUACACCGACCGAGAACUCGUGAGAAAGGUGCUACGAAGCUUAUCCCCAAAAUGGCGUUCAAAGGUGGACGCAAUCGAGGAAGGUCGUGACUUCCAAACAAUGACCUAUGAUGCUCUUCGAGGUAAUCUCAUUACCUACGAAACCACCCAACUCUCAAAGGUGGUUGAAGAGAGGAACAAGAGGUCUAUUGCUCUACCCGCAACAACAUCAACCCACAACAACGUUGAUGAUGAAGAUGAUGACAGCGACGACACCGACCUCGGACUCUUUGUCCGAAGAUUCAAGAAGAUGAUGCUCAAGAAGGGAGCCAAGAAGAACACUCCACCCAAGUGCUAUGGGUGUGGUGAAAUUGGGCACAUCAAACCAAUGUGUCCAAAGCUCAAGAACGAGAAGGACAAGAAGGCACCGAAGAAGCAACGUGCCUACAUUUCUUGGGAGAAUGACGGCUCCGAGAGUGAAGACUCGGAAACGGAGGAAGUGGCCAACUUAUGUCUCAUGGCCAUUGAAGAUGGUGACACAUCAAAAGAGAUGCCAAGGACCAAGAACAUUGCCUCGCGUCAGGAAACAGCGGCGGCGACGGAGGAAGAAGAACGUCCAUGGCGUAAGGAAGGAACCAAAUACUUCCACAUUCAAACCGGGCUUGUCUUCAGGACGGGAGCAUCAGUUGAGAGGUUCCACAACAACUUUCUCACGAAGGAAAUCGUUUCACCAAAGAUUGUGGACAAGGACCUCUUCAAAUCGGCGACCUAUGCCCCGAGUAAGUCUCUUUUAGCUCAGCAAGGUUUGCUGCAUUUCAUUCACUUGACUAAUGGUACUCGUUUUUCCCAUCUCCGUUUUGCCAUCCCGAUCAUGCGUAUCCUUGCUCGUAGCAAAGUGGAUUUUACUCGGGACACUCAGGUGCCGGUGAAGAAGACUUGUUUUAUCACGGAAGCAAAGUUCACUCGGAUUGUCUACCGCAAGGAAAACGAGCAAAAUCUGGAAUUGGUCAUUCCAGACGAAGUGGAGAGAGAGACAAAAGCUGAGUCAUCUCAGGACGGAGGAAGUCGAACCACGGAACGCGUCACUCGUCAACGCAAGACUCGUCCGAGAGAAGAAGCACCAGAACCUUCUUGGGUGAAGAGGAUCUUUGAUACUCUCACAUGCAUUCGAGACGAUGUUCGCCAGCUCAACGAGAGGAUGACUCGUUUCGAGCAUUCCCGCUCCUACCGUGGCCCACGUCACAGCCUCAGCAGAGGAGCUCGUCCGGCGAACUCUCUUUGAGUAUUUUCUCUUCUGUCUUAAACUUAUUAUGAUACAUUGUUAUUUGCUAUUAUAACUCUUUUGGUGGAUGAUGAUGUUGCUAUUUAUGCACUUGAUUGUUGGUUUGGCAAUAUGGUUCUCCCUUAGAACAUUUUGUACCUUUGUGGCAAUUCUUGUUAAAAAUUCUCUUUUUAAGAAAACUCUUGCAUUUUU